AUGUCCGCUCAAAAAGGCUUCGACAAGACCAAACCCUACAUUCCUCUUUCUGGUAGCGCAGAGGAUGGCUGGUCCAAAGAGGGCGAAGCAACAGCAACCUGCUUCUGUGGCGCCGUCCAGCUGAAAUUCCCCACCGAGAAGCCUGGGUUUAUCACUUCCUUCGUCUGCAACUGCUUCGACUGCCGCAAGAUCACUGCAUCCAUGUUCGCUUCAAACUUUAUCGUCGCUGACAGUCACGUGACCCACCUGCGCGGCAAGGACAACCUGACCUCGUUUGGCCAAUCCAAGACCAUUGAGAGCGGACACACCAUGACCAACUACUUCUGCUCCACGUGUGGCACGCUCAUGUAUCGCAUCAGCUCCCGCAGUCCGGACAGCCUCGUCAUGCGCAUCGGUACAGUGGAUGACUUUCAUCUGCAUGAGACAAAGUUGAAGCCCCAAGUGGAGCAAUAUGUCAAAGAUCGGGUUACUUGGUUGAGUGGUGCGGAGGGAGUUGAGCAGGUUGAGGGAUCGUGGUUCUAG